CCCCCCAGAGGCUUUAUUUAAGUGCUUCCGAUCCCUUCAGAACCCCGCCGGCCGCCCAUUCCGCCGUAGUGGCAUUCCCAUUUCCCACUCCCCUUUCUUGCUUGCCUCUUUAAUUUGCUCCUUUUCCCAUCCUAAUUAAGCUACCAAAAUAUAUGGCUGCAGUUGUAUAUCAAGAGGAAUAUAUAAGGAAUUCAAGAGGAGUGAGGCUCUUUACUUGCAGAUGGCUGCCCUUGUCUUCUCCAAAGGCCAUUGUUUUCCUCUGUCAUGGGUAUGGCAUGGAAUGUAGUUAUUUCAUGAAAGUUGUGGGAACGACGCUAGCAAGUUACGGCUACGCAGUGUUCGGAAUCGAUUAUGAAGGGCACGGAUGGUCAAUGGGUGGCCGCUGUUACAUCAAAAGAUUCGAAAAUAUUGUAAAUGACUGCACCACCUUCUUCAAAUCAAUUUCUGCACAACCGGAGUACAAAGAGAAGAGAAGAUUUCUAUAUGGAGAAUCAAUGGGAGGGGCGGUGGCUCUCCUAAUACACAAGAAGGAUCCUUCUUUUUGGCACGGUGGAAUUUUGGUUGCUCCUAUGUGUAAGAUAUCAGAGAAGGUGAAGCCACAUCCAUUGAUAAUAAGCUUGCUAACCAAGGUGGAAGACGUCAUUCCCAAAUGGAAGAUAGUCCCCACAAAAGACGUCAUCGAUUUAGCUUUCAAGGACCCUGUCAAACGAGAAGAGAUUCGCAGCAACAAGUUGAUCUACCAACACAAGCCCAAGCUGAAAACGGCUCUGGAAAUGCUAAGAACUAGCAUGAACCUUGAGGAAAGUUUGCAUGAGAUUACGCUCCCAUUUUUCGUGUUACACGGGGAAGCCGAUACAGUAACUGAUCCAGAGGUUAGCAAGGCGUUGUAUGAACAAGCCAGCAGUAAAGACAAGACCAUCAAAUUGUACCCAGGAAUGUGGCACGGCUUGACAUCUGGCGAGCCUGAUGAGAACAUUCAGAUUGUCUUCUCCGACAUCAUUUCAUGGCUUGACAAGCGGUGUGUAGUGGAAUCUGGUACUAGUUUCCAAUUCCAAGGAAACAACCUUAGCGUUCCCGAGAUGAUGAUCGCCAAAAUGGCAUCUCCCCGUACAAUGAAGGCCCAGAAACGUGGGAAUUAUUUAUGUGGGUGGAAGGGCCGUGGCUUUCAGCACUACGAUUCUGCAGUAUAAACAUAAACCUAUGUUAUCCUGCACAAUGUUAAUCGUGGUUGUUUUUGAAGGAAAUGGAAUAACAAUAGCUAGACUAUUAUAAUUAUAUGCUAAGAAGUGAGAACUACUAAGGAGUACAUCUUGAUUCCUGCUGAUUAAGCCUACUCUAUCAAUCUUAAUUGGUAUUUGCUAGACAUAGAUAUAACUUAAUAUCCUGCAAGUACAAGUAGCUUAACAUUGUAACAAUGAAAACAAUAACAAUGUAAGGGUAUGCUUGAUUUAAAC